AUGCGACGAUGUAUCGUUGGAGUUCGUACAUGUUUUCGGUAUAACCGAUUUACUAACCAGUUGCGACCAUUCAGUGCGUCAGCGCUAAGGUCACAAGUCAGAGUCAAAAAGACCGCUGUUACUACCACCACUACUAAUCCUGUUGUAGAAAGCCUCCGAUAUGAAAGGAAAUCACCUAUUGAACAUAUUCUCCUUCGACCCGAUACCUAUGUUGGUUCGACAGCUCUCGCCGAAGUCAUGGACGCGUGGGUGGUGUCGGAAGAUGGGCGAAGUUGUGUGCAGAUGCCCUUGACUUACUCUCCUGCUCUUUUGAAGAUAUUCGAUGAGAUUCUCGUGAACGCGGCUGAUAAUAAGCAGAGAGAUUCCGAGAUGAAUGAGCUUCGCGUCGACGUAGAUCAAAAGAAGGGGGAAAUUUCUAUAUUUAACAAUGGGCGCGGCCUACCAAUAGAGGUGCAUCCAAUUGAAGGAAUCUAUGUUCCGACAUUAAUCUUUGGAAACUUAUUCACCUCAUCAAAUUACAAUGAUAGAGAGGUGAAAGUCGUAGGUGGACGAAAUGGCUACGGUGCAAAGUUGUGCAAUAUUUUUUCGACCGAGUUCAUAGUGGAGACGUCAUCCCAGCAAAGUGGUAAAGUAUUCAGACAG